AUGCUGGCAUGGGGUACUGAUUCGGAAUAUAUAUGGAAAAGUUUUUCGCAAGGUGGCAUGUCAGAAAUUAAAAACCAAGAUGAUACAGGACUUGGCCUCUUAAUUUGUAAAAGUCUUACAUUAUCAAUAAGUAACUCGUUAUUAGAGACUCAAUACGAUGAGUUAAUAAGCGUUGAUGUAUUCGAUACCUUUGAUGAAGGUACUAGAACAGCAAAAAGAUAUGAAGAAUUGCAUAAUCAACUUGCUUAUAAUAUAGUAUUUAUUAGCCUUUAUGAAAAUAAUUAUGAAAAGGCAUCAUUAGAGUUAAGAUUAGAAAUUAAUAGCAAGAAUUUAUUAAUAAUAUUUAUAGUAUUUCCGAAUAAUGAAGGAUAUGAUUUGGCAAAAAAAUUAGUCAAAAAAGUUGAAGGAGCAACUUCAAUCCUUUAUACACCAAUUACAUUAAAAAUUUUAAUUAAUCAAUUUACGAAUAUUGAAAAAAGAUG